UCUGUGACUUGGGCUGAUGUAGGACCAAUGAUGCUGCUGCAGCUGACUCUACUCGCUCCGCUGCAUCUGCUCUGGGUGGCGGGGAGCGAGGGACAGCCAUGUGAAUGGUACCUGGAGGGGAAACGGAACGGAACCAUCACCUCCCCAAACUUCCCGUCUGCUCACAAAACUCCGCUGGAAUGUAUCUGGACAAUACGUAAUCCCAAACCGGGACGGAACUAUAUCUACGUCUACUUGUUGCAAAAUUACCUAAGCUGCCAGAGCAGUGCCCUGACUUACCUGGAGUACCAGUCAGUGUCUAAUCUAACGGAUUCUUACAUCUAUUCCAGUAACUUUAAUUCCAGGAAUGAUUGUGGCGGAUCGCUGCACGUCAUACGAUCAUCCAAAGCGUUUCUACAGGUCAAAUUAACGUCUAUGUUAACGAGACUGUCCUCGACAUCAAGUGGACUGUUCGGGUUUAACGCGACCUACACCACGAUGCCAACCGACAAUCAGCCGAUGCCGAUCUGCUCGCAGUCCUGCUCUGAAGCAGGAUUUUGCCGGAGUUUGCAAGAUUAUUCUGGAUUCUACUGCGAAUGCUUUGAAGGUUUCUCCGGGAGACAUUGCCAGUAUAAUGACAUAUGUGACUACAGACGGAGACUCAACCCCUGCCUGAAUAAUGGCACGUGUACUGUUGUUAAAUACGGCGCACAGACUUCUGUGGUGUGUGCCUGUCAGAGGGGAUAUCUCGGAGAGAGGUGUGAGACAAUUAUCACCUGCCCGGUGCUGCAGGACCCGCCCGACGGGAAGGUGUCCCCACCCCCGUGCAGGGACAGCCGCUCCAGGGUGGGGGACACCUGCUAUUUCACCUGUGACAACACCUAUGUGCAAUCAGGGCCGUCGUUCAAGACCUGUCUGUCGGACGGCGACUGGACCCAGGAAAAGGAGUUCACGGCUUGUAGAGAUGUCACACCGCCGUACUUCGGAGACACCUGUCCAGGUGACAUGAACCUGAGGAACGAGAAGUGUGAGAACAAGGUUCUUCUGAACUUCACCGUGCCGACAGCCGUGGACAACUCCGGGUAUGUGAAGGUGGACGGACCGGAGACCAAGCCGCCCAUCUACCUGGCCGGGGGACAGUACACCUGGAUAUACACGGCCAGUGACGAUGCUAAAAAUGAAGCAAGAUGCCAAAUAGCAAUAGGAGUGCAAGUUGUAAAGUGCCCGACGAUUAAGGUGCCUCACAACGUUGAGGUGACGGGGAAGAGCUGCGGCUCCCUGUACGGCUCCGAGGUGCAGUUUGUCUGUAAGGAGGGCUUCAAGUUGAUGGGCUCAGGCAUCCGGACAUGCGGACCAAAUGGAGAGUGGGAAGGCGGGGACGUGCAGUGCAUCGGAGCCCCCUACACGCCCUUCAAACUGGAGCUGAGCGACAAGCGUGCGACCAGCGUCAUCCUGUCCUGGACACCCUGGCCGUCCGACCACCGGCCCAGCGAACACUUCAUCGUCCAGUAUGAAACAACGUUCGAACCCAGCAAAUGGAGAGAGAUGAUUGGCUUCGUACCCGGAAAUGCCACCAAGUCUCUCCUGGAGCUCUCUCCGUUCGUGAACUACCGUUUCCGGGUGAUCGCGGUGAACUGGGUGGGGCGGAGUGAUCCCAGCGACAUCUCCGAGAGCUACCACACUCCGCCCUCAGCGCCUGAAGUGUUUCCUAAGGAGAUCCAGGCCCAGGGGAUCUACAACAGAGACCUGAUCGUCAGGUGGGAGCCCCUGGGUUGGUACGAGCGGAACGGUCCAGGCGUCCAGUACAAAAUCUUCUGGCGGAUCCUGUACUGUAACGCCGAGCUGCUGGGGGACUGGGAGAGCUCCAUCGUGCAGGGAGAGGAGAAGUCCUCUUACGUCAUCCUCAACCUCAUCAGAGAUUUGCCGUAUCAGGUUCAGCUGCAAGUUCUCAACAACCAGGGCGCAGGACCAAUCAGCUACCCGCCUGUUCUCGGACAUGCUGGCGACCAAGGACAUGUGCUUCUAGCUGGUCGGCCGGGGACCAGACCUCCUUGUGCAACCUUCGAAGCCACGCUCCCCCCUCGCAUCACAUCAGACAGCGACGGCUCCUUAACACCGGGGGAAAAUGUACCCUGGAUGUCGUCUGCUUCUACAUUCCCCGAUCUAAAAUAUGGAUUUGAUAUCGUCAACUUCUUCGAAGAUUAUUCCGGUAUCGUGGGAACGAGAUUACUCAUCACGUGUAUAGCCCGUGGCCCAAGGCGAAUGCACUUUAAGUGGUUUAAAGGCGAGUACCGGAUCAUGGCCUCUGAUUGGACGAGGAUCAGUGUGUCACCAAAAGUCAUCAGGAAUGACGGCGAUCUGGAGUCUGUGCUGGAGAUCAACCCAACCACUCCUCUGGACCGAGGUACAUACAGAUGUGCAGUUUCUGAUCAGGGCGUUGAGAGGAGCUGUUCUCUGAACAUCACUGUCCUGACCAAACCGUCCGUCCAACUGGACCCAGUCACUGCCACGGUCUUAGUCAGCUCUCCGGUCAAACUGACAUGCACCGUCCGAUCGCCAGGGGGCGUGGAGCCACAAGUCAAGUGGUUUAUAGGAAAAGACCGUGUGACGGACCUGAGAGCUAUCUCGAACCUGGGAAACGGCAUGUACCGCCUGACCGUGCUGGGCACCGUGGAGGGCACCAAGUACACCUGUAUGGCGUCUAACGCAGCGGGAACCACCAUCGCGGAGAGCAUCGUCACUGUAGUACGGAAAGAUGCGCAUGACGUCUGUGGCCAGGAGACCUUCCAGAACGUGGAGUGGGGGAUGACCCAGGCUGGCGGGGUGUACUAUCAACUCUGUCCGGGAGGGAGCACGGGUUAUGCGACGAGGCAGUGCCUGCUGAACGACAUGGACUUCACCCCGUACUGGCUGGAGCCAAACUUCGUGCAGUGCACCACGUACGACUUUGAAGCCCUGUUAUCCAACACCCGGAUGCUGACAUCUGGUAUUGAAGUGACAAGCGUGGAGAAGAUUGCCGAGACACUCAACUCCAUAACCACCCCGAACCUGUACGGAGGAAACCUCAGACUGGCGUCAGAUAUCAUCCAGGAAAUGAUCCUUUACAAAGAAAAAACAAGAAGAAAGAUGUCAAAGCGAGAACUGGAGGAUGUACUGUGGUCCGCCAGUAAUGUUCUGUCCCUCUACAAUAAGGAGGAGUGGAUGAAUCUUCAGGAGGGAAGCAGUGGCAGUUCAUGGAUUCUGGGGAAUCUGACGCGGUACAGUCGUCUGGUGACGUUUGAGCUUGAGGAGGGGAAGCCGCUGUCCACAUCAACAGACAACCUCGGUACGUAUGGCAUGUUACCGUCACGGGAGCUAGGGGUCUGAACAUAAGGCAGGUCAAUAGUAUAGUAAUGCGUAAUAAAAAAUAACGCGCAUCACAAGUCACUUAAUUCUAUACUUGAUAAAAACAACAACAACAACAACAAGAAGACAGAACUGGUGAUUGACGAGAAGCCAGCUUCGUACGGCCAUAUUACAUAUACAUUUUUAAAAUUUCAAUAAAUUAGUAUCUUAUAUCCACCAUGUUAAGCAAGACGUAUCACGGUAUGUACUACGACUAUAGCA